GCGCAUAAUAGCGCAGCAGUCAGAGACAGAGACUGAAACAAAAACUAACAAUAAACCACAGAUGGAAGAAAGAGAGUAAACACACACAUUUGUCCUCUACCAUUUUUAGCAAACAAAAGCUUUACCUUUCUUCUCUUCCAUUCUAUUUAUCUUCAUUGCGCCUUUUGCCUAGGGCUUUUUUCUGAUAUUUAUUCCCUAGUACUUUAUAGCAUUCAAUUCCAUUGAAGAAAAGUUACAAAACCUUAAAUUGACUUUUUCUUUUUGGAAAAAUACACCGACAUUGUUCUUAUUAUGUGGCCGUGGCCGUAGAAAGAAAGAGAAAUCACGUGGAGAUUGCUAUUGAAGCAUUGCUGAGACGAACGACAAAAGGCUCGUUUUGGUGAGAGUGUAGGUUCGUUUUCUGCUUGUUGGUUAAACGAGAAUUCAAGAACCGAUGCACAAGGUUCACUAUUCAUGGGUUUUGGCAUGGAAGGAUGAUGAAGUGUCUUCUUUGGUCCACUCCGUGUGCUUUCUUGCCUUGCAAAAUGAAUCCUCACCAUGAUGCUUCUAGAAAGCAUAGAAAGCUCUCGAACUCAAGGCUUGCAAAUCCACUACUCCAGCUACUAUGCCCAAGUCCAGGUUUUUUCUACUUCUGGUUUCUUCAACUUUCUACCAUGGGUCUGAAUGAAAAACCUUUACACCUACAUAGUCGAAAUAAAGUUCAACAUCCCUUGGCUGUAUCCAGACAUGCUUUCGGUGAUCUAUCCAAUGUUUCUCCAGUGGUUUUUCUCUACCUCUUAAAGGAAUGCUAUGUCUACGGAACCUGCAAGGCGACUGCCAAGUUUCGUGUUCUGCAACAGCAAGUGUUUGAAUCUCUGUACAAUGAUCCUCGGCCCGGAGCAGCCAUCUUUGUUGCUCAGUGCCUGUACGUGUUGCCUAUAUUUGAGUCACACUGUGAUGGAUUCAGUCAUUUGAUAAUAUCUGCUCUUCAUCGUUUCCUGAAAGUGGGAAAUGGCAUGAAAGGUAUAUUGAAAGCUAAACUAUUUGCUGCCAAAUUGUUUCUGGCUAUUGUUAAUGGCACUCUGGUUCAUGAUGAAAGAAUCCUAGUCAAAAUCCUUGAACUUUUUGAUGUCAGUCUGUCAAACAUAGAAAAAGCUAUGUAUGAUACAGAUGAGAAGGAUCAAACAUGCCAUGAGAUGGCUAAGGUAUUGGUUGAACAAUAUAUUCUUAGGUUAGUAGAAUCCCAGUCAUACAUGACCGCAGUUUCUUUGUUGGAGCACUUUUCUAUCCGGGAAUCUGGGGAAUCUUUUCUACUUAAAAUGAUGGAAAGCAAACAAUACAGAGCGGCAGAAAAGUGGGCAACUUUUAUGGGGAAGCCAAUCUUGUGUACCCUUGUCCAAGAAUACGUUGACAGAAAACUGCCAAAGCAUGCUUUUGAUGUUAUAAGGCAACACAAUCUUCGGAAGGAGUNCGUUGCUGAGGCGAGAGUGAAAGAUGAUCCACAACUUCUUGAGUACUUGGUUUAUUUGGCUAUGGAAGCUGGUUACAUGGAGAAGGUUGAGGAACUCUGUGAACGGUAUUCCCUUGAAGGUUUCAUAAAUGCCAAAGCGCUUGAGGCAAAUUUUCCGAAAGACCGAUACUUGCAGCUUGAUGAAUUGUCAAUAAAGGAAGUAGUCUGGGUAGAUGAAGUGAAUGGCUUGCAUGAUGCUACAUGCCACAUUGAAGAAUGUAAAGUUGUGGGCAUUGAUUGUGAGUGGAAGCCUAAUUACGAAAAGGGAAGCUCAUCUAACAAGGUUUCUAUCAUGCAGAUUGCUUCUGACAACAAGGUUUAUAUACUUGAUCUGAUAAAGUUAUAUGAAGAUGCUCCGGAUGUAUUGGAUGACUGCUUAACCUGCAUAUUGCAUUCAACAAGAGUACUGAAGCUUGGUUACAACUUCCAGUGUGACAU